AUGACAAAUACCGCGAUCAUUGAGAAAACUAAAAAUAAUUCAACAACUGACAAUCUUGGUACACAAAUAAACAAAGAAAUCAAAUUUACUUUUUUUAUCAAGGACAAGAAUGUUAUUGCACAAUUGGAACAACGAGGAAUGCAAAGCAUGCGAGAGGUGCAAUACAGAGCAUACAACAAGGUGUUUGAAGGACAUAACGUCAUGAUACAGUCAAACACAGGAUCUGGAAAGACAUUAGCGUAUCUGUUGCCGCUCAUAAUGAGCGAGCGUCGAGGUCUUAUUAUUGUGCCAACAUAUGAACUUGCUACACAGACCUACCAUGUUGCAAAGACAUUCACAUCCAGAGUAGGUAUCAAUGCAGGCAAACUUUGUGUUGAUUUGCAUGCUGAUAUACUCAUAAGCACCCUGGGAAAGUGUAGAGAAAUGCAAAUGGCUGACCGUGUGUUCUGUUGUAUUGACGAAGCGGAUAGAAUUUUAGAAAAUGACAUGUUCUUAAACGGUUGUUUCAAACAAUUUAUCUUAGUUAGCGCAACGAUUGACGAGGCAAAGAUUCUUAGACGGCUGGUGCGCAGAUGUGGUAGGUGGAUGAAAAUAAGUACACAAACGAAAAAUAUUCACGAACAAAUACGUAUCAUAGAUUGUGAUUUAGAUAAUGAAUGUGAAGAAACUGGUAGCGAUGAAAAAAUAGCUUUUUAUCGUGUUAGUGUCACUAAUGAACAAAGAAUCAGAGAAUUCUACAUGAAAAUUGAGUAUGAUCACAAAUUGUUCAUUUUUGUAGAAUUACUGAAGAGAAAUAGGAAUAAAAAGGUGAUUGUGUUCUUCAACACGAUAAAUUCGGUAGUAUUCUACCACAAUUUGCUUAAGCGUAUGAAUUUUAACGUAAUUGCUAUUUUCGGGAAAAUAAACCAACAGAAGAGAAAGGCAAUUGUUGAAAAGUAUGAAACGAUAGGAGGCGUGUUGUUGUGCACAGAUUUGAUGUCGCGAGGAUUUGACUUUAAAUCCAUAGAUCUGGUUGUGCAUUUCGAGCCAAGUUUUAACUUGGAUGGUUACAUUCACAGAAAAGGGCGGGCUGGUCGUAAUAAAAGUGGCAAGAGCAUUCUUUUCUUGUCAAAUUUGGAGGUUAAGCUUACUGAUGGAAUUAACCGGAUUAGAGAACUUGUGUAUAUCGAGAAAAAGUUUCUUGAGCGCAAUAAAAGUACACAUAGAGUGAGUUUUGGCGAUAUUCCGCUGUCUAAUAGCGUGUAUAGUGGUUCGCUUGUGCCUAGAAUUCAAAAAAUGGUUAAAAACGAUUUUGUUCUCCACAAAAUGGCGGUAGAUGCCUUGAAAUCGUUUUUAAGGAUAUACGAGGGGAACACAGGAAAAAAUUUUAACGUUGAUUCAUUGAAUUUGAACGAUAUUGCACGUGCAUUUGGGCUGAAGGAAAUACCAAUUCUGGAUUUUGUAUGAAAUAGAAGCUCAUUUAGUUUUAUUAAUAAAAAUGAUUACCUCU